CCCCAGCUCCAAGAACUCUAUCAGAAACAAGCCAUGCUUCUGCGCAGAGCUCCAGAGCUCUCACCCUCCACUCUCUCUCUAACCCACUCCUCCUCCUUCUUCUCCACUCUCUGUUUCUCUAACCCUAAUCUCCUCUCCAUGCGCUCUUCACUCUUCCCUCCUCUCUCUCUCCUCCGUUCCCUCACUCUCUGUCUCUCUCACAACCAACACCACCACCCUCAUACCCAUCCAUUCUCCAGGCCCAUGUCCAGUUUUCCGCUCUCCACCACCAAACCCUUCCGGUUCCACGCCCUUCCCUCUUCCAGUACUUCCGUUGAACACCUUGCAGGCAAGGCCUCGGACCCAGAGGAGAAUUGGGAUUUGAGCAAUGUCGCGCAGAGCGAGGUUUUCGAUUUUGAGAAUUGCUUUGGUUCCGCCGACUUGAAGCACCUGGGGGCGCCGAAGCUUGAGGUUCCAGAGCUGGAGGAGCUCCCGGAGCAGUGGCGGAGGUCGAAGCUGGCGUGGCUGUGUAAGGAACUGCCGGCGCAUAAGGCCGGUACCUUGAGUCGUAUACUCAAUGCGCAGAAGAAGUGGAUAAGGCAAGAAGAUGCCACUUAUGUUGCCGUGCAUUGUAUGCGGAUUCGGGAAAAUGAUGUCGGGUUUCGGGUUUACAAAUGGAUGAUGCAACAACACUGGUAUCGUUUUGAUUUUGCUCUUGCUACUAAGUUAGCGGAUUACAUGGGUAAAGAGCGAAAAUUCUCGAAAUGUAGGGAUAUAUUUGAUGAUAUAAUUAAUCAGGGGCGUGUUCCUAGUGAAUCUACAUUUCAUAUAUUGGUUGUUGCAUAUCUUAGUGCCCCGGUUCAAGGUUGCUUGGAGGAAGCAUGUGGCAUUUACAAUCGUAUGAUUCAGCUAGGAGGUUAUCAGCCCCGGCUUCACUUGCACAAUUCUCUCUUCAAAGCCCUUGUCAGCCAACCCGGAACCUCUUCGAAACACUACCUUAAACAGGCUGAGUUUAUUUUUCAUAAUUUGGUAACAACUGGACUCGAAAUUCACAAGGAUAUUUAUAGUGGAUUAAUUUGGCUACAUAGCUAUCAGGAUACAAUAGAUAAAGAAAGGAUGGCAUUGUUAAGAAAAGAAAUGCAACAGGCUGGAAUUGAGGAGGGCAGAGAUGUGCUUGUGUCUCUCUUGAGAGCUUGCUCAAAAGAGGGGGAUGUGGAGGGAGCAGAAAGUACUUGGCUCAGACUUUGCGAUCUUGAAGUUGGUCUCCCACCUCAGGCAUAUGUUUAUAAAAUGGAAGCCUAUUCAAAGGCUGGAGUGCCUUUGAGAUCCCUGGAGAUAUUCAGGGAGAUGCAAGAGCAGUUGGGUUCGUCCAACGCUGUCGCAUAUCAUAAAGUCAUAGAGGUCUUAUGUAAGGCUCAAGAAGUUGAACGUGUCGAGUCCCUCAUGACAGAAUUCAUCAACACUGGUUUGAAGAAUUUCAUGCCGUCUUAUAUUGAUCUAAUGAACAUGUACUUCAACUUAGGCUUACAUGACAAACUGGAAUCAGCCUUCUCCCAGUGCCUUGAGAGAUGCCGACCCAGCCGUACUAUUUGUUCUAUAUACUUGGAUUCUUUGGUGAAAGUUGGUAAUCUUGCUAAAGCUGAGGAGAUCUUUGGCCUAAUGCAGAGUGAUGCGGCAAUCGGUGUUAACGCUCGGUCCUGCAACACCAUAUUAAGUGGAUACCUGUCAUCUGGAGAUUAUGUCAAGGCAGAAAACAUAUUUGACCUGAUGUGCCAGAAGAAGUAUGACGUUGAACCACCAUUGAUGGAAAAGAUUGAUUAUAUCUUGAGCUUGAGCAGAAAGGUAGUCAAGAAACCUGUAAGCCUGAAGCUGAGCAAAGAACAACGAGAGAUUCUAGUAGGUCUUUUGUUGGGUGGUUUGCAGAUCGAAUCCGAUGAAGACUGGAAAAAUCACAUGAUCCGGUUCGAGUUCAGUGAGAGUUCUAGCACACAUUCUUUGUUAAAGAGGCAUAUAUUUGAUCAAUACCAUGAGUGGCUACAUCCUUCUUGCAAGUCCAGUGAGAGUACGGAGGACAUACCAUAUAAGUUCUCAACCAUCUCACAUUCGUAUUUUGCUUUCUAUGCGGAGCAGUUUUGGCCGAAAGGCCGAAGAAUGAUACCAAAGCUAAUCCAUCGAUGGUUGUCACCAUGUGCGCUUGCAUACUGGUACAUGUACGGGGGCCACAGUACUUCAUCAGGAGACAUAUUGUUGAAGAUAAAGGGUAGUGAAGAGGGUGUUGAGAAGAUUGUCAAAUCCUUAAGGGCAAAGUCCCUUGAUUGCAAGGUGAAGAGGAAAGGGAGAGUGUUUUGGAUAGGUUUUCUGGGAAGUAGUUCUACCUGGUUCUGGAAAUUAGUAGAACCUUAUAUUCUAGAUGACUUGAAGUAUGCUCUAAAAGGUGGCCAAAUCUCAGAUAACAGCAUGGUUGAAACCGAAAACGUCAACUUUGGUAGUGGGUCUGAUACUAAUGAAAAUGCUUCUGAUUACAGUGAUAAUGAUAAUAAUUUGUAGCUUCUAUAAAUUAUUGGCCAUUGUGUUCGGUAAGCCAGAAGACUUCUCUACCAACUCAAGGCUUUUCUCUUCAAGAUACAUACCUGGAUCCACAAAGAGCAGAUGAGUCUUGAUAUUUUUGUAAUACUAUCUUUACUUUAUAAUCAAUCUCCUGUUGUUCCUUUUUGUCCUAGAAUGGCAUUGUCUCUUUCUGUGAUUAUCGAUGCAGUGACUGUUUUUCUAAAUAGGUUUGUAUAUUUGGCAACUCUUACUCUUAUAUUUGAAUGAGUUUCCGUCUUGGCUCAACAGAUUGAUUCUUUCCAGAAAGACUAUAGAAGAAUGGAGGAAAUAAUAAAUAAACAGUAGAUACUUGUCCUUUCACAUUGCAGUAUACUUACUUAACUCUGCCUUCCUUCUAAAGUUUUGAAUUAUGAUACUCCUUUUCACAAAUUGUUCCGCAAAGACCCAGAUUAUACCAUUUUGAAAACCUUUGGCUGUACAUGUUUUCCAUACUUGUGACCCUACAUUAAUAAUAAACUACGUUAUGUUCUACCAAAUAUGUGUGUUUUUAGGGUAAUCUUUGAAUUAUCAAGGGUAUAGAUGCUAAAGACAUUUCCACCACCUGAAUUUUUUUGUCAAGCCAAGUUAUUUUUUAUGAGUAAAAUUUUCCAUUUCUGACCUAUUACUCUUGCCUCUCAAAACAAAAGUUCGUCCUCAGAUCCUGCACUCGAAAUUAUUGGACCACUACCAACUGGACACCCACAACCCAACGGCCUCAUACCCCUGCACCACAUUUGGCCCACUCCAAAAUUCAACCAAAAACCUGCACGUCCUCUUUAUGUUCUUUCUCUGCAGUGCUUAAUCUUUCAGCCACAAGUUCUUCAUCAAGCAAGUCAGAGAAACAUGCCACAAAGCCUAGAGGCUCUGUUUCCCAUUUAAAUGCACUGGUUUGGGCUUGGCACAGCAGAUAAAAUCUGAGAAGGAUGAGGACCUUACGGCUGCAAGGGUGCACAUGGAAGAGCUUGAAUCCUUCAGUUGACAAAAAAAGAUAUUUGCUUUGAAUGCCAGAUUAUCUGCUGCUGAAAGCAUGACACAUGAUGUGAUCCGGGAUUUACUGGGGUCAAUUGGAUAUGAAUAGUGAAAAUGACGGAGAAGGCUCAGCUUCAUAGGGUGGAAUCUCAACAAAAGGAGCAGGAGGUAGCUAAGCUGAAAAACAACUGAGUGAAUUCAUUCAGGAAAGACCGAGCAACUAUUACCUCAAAACUUCUGAAUCAAGUUAGUAAUUGUUCUAUCAUUCAUAUGUCCAAGUUUCUGCAUGCUGAUAUUCCAGGUGGCUCGAGGAAAUUGACCGAAAACAGGCUGAACUCAUAGCUGUGCAAAUUGCUUUGGAAAAACUUAAGCAUGUGUAGGUGGAGAAUGUAAAUCAUAAAAUGAAGGUUAUGGAACUUGAAGGAGAAGUGGAUAAGCUGUCUGGUUAGCAAAAACUCCACCAGCGAAUUCAUCAUAUCAUCAUGCAAAAAUGAAGGCAAGAUAUUACCAAAUUGCUAAUGAAGUGCUAACCUCAGGUUCUGUUUUAUUUUACCAUCAUUCUAUUCCAUUUCAAUCUGAGUGGGUUUUGCCUAGAAAAUAACAAGGUUAAAAGUACACAAUGAAGAACUUAGCGAUAAGCUCUGUCUGACAGAAGUUAAUUCUUUCACGUGUCAAGGAAGAGCUUGCUCGUUUUCGUGCUUCCUGUGGGAGGAACCCUUAUGUCGAUUUUGAUGAGGAGCAAUGAUUGGUGCAAAACUAAAGGAACUGAGUAGGAGAAGUUGCAACUAGCACAGAAAUUGUUAGGCCUCUGUACUAGCGUUUUGAAGGCUGCUGGAAUAACAAAGCAAUCGACACAUAUAAACCCGUCUGCUGCUGAAGUGGCGCUUGAGCAACUCAAGAACAAGAUUACUUAAAUGGACAGAAUUAGAGGAAUUGAAGUUUAAGGUAUAUAAAACUUAUCUUCAAGGUUGGGACCAAUCAAACCAAGUAGGCACCUCUCAACCACCUCAGGACAGCAGUGGAUACAAUUACUAUGGACAACCUCAAAAUCCUAGGUUCAACUACAAUCAAACACCUAAUGUUGCCAGCCACGGUUAUGAUCGGGCAUAUGCUCAGCAGCCACCAAGUUAUGGAGGCCAAGCUCCGGUAUCUGAUUACCAGCAACAAUAUGCAACUUCAGGGUAUGGAUCGCCUGCGGUGCCAUCCAUCAGGGAUGCAACUGCUACCCAAAGUACCCAGCCUUCGGCUCCUUAACAAGUUCCUUACAGCCAGCCAACAGCCAGCCCUCAAGCUGGAUAAUGCACUCAUCCAGGCAGCACAGGCCAACCACAUCCUGGUUAUUACCAAGCAGGUUAUGUAGGGCAGCAGGGGGUUGAAGGCCCUUCUGCAGAAUCUCAGCCCGCAGCAUAUGGACACGGUGAGUACCAUCAGCCAGACAUCCAUUAUGCUCCAUCAGUGAAUCCUCCUACAAACGGAGAGUCACAGCAUCGGCAACAAGGGCAUUCAGAGCUUCCAACCAAUGGAUACGAAGAGCCAUCAGGUUAUGGAGCUGAAAGAACCGGUGACAAAGAAUUCAGAUGGGGAUGGGUUGGCCCUGCAGCGGAGACUAUCAGUUCUGAAAUCUGAUAUUAUAGCUGGUUAAGGAUGUCGUUUCUUACUUGGUUCUCUUUUUUUCUUUCUUGGGGUUUGAUAUUUGCUCUCAUGUACCAUCUGUGUGGCUGCAGAAGAUUAUACUUUUAAGUGUUCAAAUGUAGGAAUAUCUUGUUAGACAGCCGUUUAUUAUGUUCAGAUGUGGUGGUUAUCCGUCAACCGGCAGUCCAGGAGUCGCUGAUCACUAGUUUUAUGUUAAUCUAAUUUCGUAAUAUUUUCAGUCCCGAGGUCCAUGAAAUAUUUGUGAUCGAAUGGCACCGUAGGAGCUAAGCUCUAGAUGAGAUGCUCGGACUUGUUCUGAAAGAAUAGAGUGUUUUGCUUUGGAAGGACCAGUCCUACAAAAACUGAACUACAAUAAAGUGGAGACCAAGCUUAUGUUUCCACAAGGUCAACUGACAUUCAGUUUCCUUUUUCAUUGUACUUUUCUUUCCAGCUUUUACAUGUUGUGAAGAAACCCAAGCUUAUAUUUGCACUAGUAAUUGCCAAUUGGUGGCAAAAACAAAACAUACAGAUAUUGUUAGGAUACUGUCAGUUGGCAUCGGUGCCAUGUGUACGGUGGCUGAUUACUAGUUAGUUAGAAGGUUGUUAGAGUUGGAAAUAUCCUAAAAAUAGUAGCUUGUAAGAGAUGUUCAACAGUCAAUGAAAUAGUAUUGUUCUUGUGUGUUA